AUGGCCUCCGUCGCAACCAAAUCCGCCACCCCGGUCAUGCCACCUUCCUUCUCCAUGUCUCAAGACAUCUCCCGCGCCAUCAUGACAGCCUCAACCCAAAGGGCAGAGAAGACCCGCUCGAUCCUCAUCGACGGCAUGCCCCCCGCGCCUCCCCCAUCGCCCGUCGCCUUCUCCAAGGGCACGGCUUCCUACAAUGAUAUCCCCAGCCUAAACCUGGAGUGA